AUGAAGUGUGGGGCUGUGGAACGAAGCGGGGAGCAAGGGGGCCGAGAUUGGUCCAAACCCAUCCAAAAGAGCAGAGAAAUCGAUACGGACGGGGACAUGGAGACACAAGCGCAGGAGCUGCGGGUUUGCACGAAGAAAGGCAAGUGUCCACGGGAGGAGCAAGGCAGUGGCAGGGUCGGAUACAAGCUGGGCAACACGACAAUCGGCCAUGGGUCUACACUACGGGCUACGGAUAAUGUGGCUACCCAGUUGGCUGUCAUUACCUUUUCCCAGGACUCGACUGAUACUACUCCGUACAUAUGUCUCAGAGGGUACUUCGUCAGCUACCCGUACGGGUACCCGAGCGAGACGAGGAAAAAAUGCAGGGUAAAUGAGAGAAUCAAUGUUCAAUGUAUUGUCUACUGGAUUGAUUCGCCUUUGCGACUUACCAUGGAACUUACCGUCAUAGCCCAUCAGGAUGCCUCAAGACAUGGCCAGAUUAUUUCCUUCACUAACAGCAGAGUCUCUAUGAACACAAUCUGCCAGGAUCAUGAGCAGGAGCUGCUUGCUCUUCCUGUUGCUUUCUUCUACCCCUGGCACAUCACACGCGAGCAUGCUGACUUGGUCCACUGGAUCGGUUUCUUUGAUCAAACGAACUCGGACUCCGGAGCGAGCAACAGAAGAUGCGUGUUUGGUGUCAAGUCAGGGGGGACUUGGUCUGCUCCGUGGCCCGUUCAUCAUCGGGCCCGUGUCUUAUCGAAAGUUGUUGUUCUGCAGCAUCUCGCGGCAGUUCGACUUCACACAAGACAAGCAAGCCCUAGGUACACUGGGAAGCCACACAAGAUGAAGAGGAGCGGUGGCGGCGGCGGCGGCGGCGGCAACACAGCAUCGUGCAGAAAACGAAUAAUGUACUUCUCGGUCGUUGUCAACGAUUUCCUUUCUCUUUCACGAAGCAUCGCGACAGCAGACACCAGAACAUGCGCACGGAGUACCAUGCAGCUUAGAUGCCUCACGCCCAGCAUCGGCGUCAGUCAGCAAUGGAAAUGCCAGAGUGAGAGUCAGAUCCAGGUCCCGGAGAGAACUGGCGAGCGCCCAGUUCAACCGGAUCUUUUCCGUGCACGUGACGAUCCGAUCCUCCACCCCGGUCUAACACUUACUCCAGACUCCAGUAUCCUCUUUCCCUUCCUGCACCGUGUAUGUUCGUGGUUUCCGAGGCUUCGACCGACCUUGCCUGCUCCACACCACCAAACCGCUCUGCCCGAUGCACUCGGGGAGUCGGGGCUGCAACUGACACGGCGUUUCGUUUCGUUCGACAAAUUAUCUGACCUCAACCGUCUUUCCUACCGACCUUUCGCGGCGCCUCGAACCGCGGUUCACACCCUCAACAACCUGGGGCACAUGGGAUCACUGCCGCUUUCGGUCUCCACGCAAUAUGACGGGAUGGUUCGCAAGAGUCGCGUUCAACGGGGCAAGCGAUACAGUCCAGCCUUGCGCUCGGUCGAUGCUCUGAGCCCAAGUCAACCUGUUAGUCUGCGUAGACCAGAUCUCGCAGCAUUCCUCGGCCAAGGAAUGGCUCUUGGUCUCUAG